GUGUCUUUGUAUCCGGUGUUGUUCUGGUCUUACAGCAGCGAGCACUUUUCAAGUUUUAUAUGAUCGCCUCGGCAUUUCUGCUGGCUGCGACUUCAGUGUUGGUGAAUUACUAUGCUUCUUUGCACAUAAACUUCUACAGUGCCUACUACACAGCCACGUUCGGAAUUCAGAUCUUCCCUCAUAAAGGACCUUCGCUAUGGAUGGCGCUUUCCAUCCUUCAGCUUACCUUUGGAAUCGGCUAUGUUACAUUGCUAAACGUGCAGUCCGUAUACUCUCAACUCAUCAUCCUGGAUAUACUGAUUCCUGUAGUCGGCUUGGUUGUUGAAUUACCUUUAAAUGUCCGGCAGAUCCUAGUUUUUAUUUCAGGCCUAGUUCUGACACUAAAUACCACAGCCAUUUUAGUUACGAAAAUUAAAUGGUUCUAUUAUUCAGUGCGAUAUGUUUAUCUGCUGGUGAGGCACAUGUAUCGCAUUUAUGGAUUACAGCUAUUGAUGGAAGAUACAUGGAAAAGGAUUCGGUUUCCAGCUGUACUGCGUGUCUUCUGGCUAACGAGACUUACAGCACAAGCUGUGGUAUUAACGUAUGUUGUAAAGAUGGCUGAAACUAAUGCAGAAGAAAAGUUCUUCUUGAUAUCGUGGGAUAACUGUUGGGAACUGAUUUGCAGUCUGAUCAUAAGUGGGUGUGACUCCACUUUAACUGUGUUAGGCAUGAGUGCCGUCAUUUCCUCAAUAGCGCAUUAUUUGGGACUUGGUAUCUUGGCCUUCAUCGGAUCAACUGAUGAGGAUGACAAAAGGCUCGGUUUUGUAGCGCCUGUCUUGUUUUUCAUUUUGGCUCUGCAGACCGGUCUAAGUGGACUGAAACCAGACGAACGAUUAGUUCGCCUGAGUCGAAACAUGUGCCUUUUGUUAACCGCAGUCCUACAUUUUAUCCAUGGAAUGACAGACCCCGUGCUGAUGUCUCUCAGUGCCUCCCAUGUGUCAUCAUUUCGCAGACACUUCCCCGUACUGUUUGUUUCCGCUUGCCUUUUCAUCCUUCCAGUUCUGCUCAGUUACAUCCUCUGGCACCACUAUGCACUAAAUACGUGGCUUUUUGCAGUUACAGCGUUCUGUGUAGAGCUUUGCCUAAAAGUUAUAGUUUCUAUCACUGUUUAUAUAUUGUUUAUGAUUGAUGGCUACUAUAAUGUGCUAUGGGAAAAACUUGAUGAUUAUGUCUAUUAUGUUCGUUCAACCGGCAAUAUUAUUGAGUUUAUAUUUGGAGUAAUCAUGUUUGGAAACGGAGCUUACACGAUGGUUUUUGAAUCGGGAAGCAAGAUUCGCGCGUGCAUGAUGUGUCUACAUGCAUACUUCAACAUCUACUUGCAAGCAAAGAAUGGCUGGAAGACUUUUAUAAAUCGCCGGACUGCUGUUAAAAAAAUAAACUCGCUUCCAGAGGUAAAAGGAAGUCGGUUACAUGAAAUAGAUGAUGUAUGUGCAAUCUGCUACCAUGAGUUCACCACCUCUGCACGCAUUACUCCAUGCAACCAUUACUUUCAUGCACUUUGUCUUCGGAAGUGGCUGUACAUUCAGGACACUUGCCCGAUGUGCCAUCAGAAAGUGUAUAUUGAGGACAAGGAAAAUGCCAAUAUUUCUAACAACAACGGGUUUGUGCCACCAAAUGAAAAUCCUGUACAAGUUGCAGAAGAAGCUGCCGAUGCUGAAAAUGAAUUAAAUGAAGACAAUGACAGUUCCGAUAGUGAUGAGGAAGAUGAUGACUGUGUGGCACAGCACUUGAAUGAGACUCUUAAUGUUGACUCUGACUCUCUUGGUGAUUAAGAUGUCCUUUACUAAGCCGUGAAGUAUUUGUGUAAGAUUGACUUCAACUGAAUAAAAGUAUCACUUUGUAGUUAUUGUACUUAAGCACAACAGCAGUAUCUCAAUGUUGAGUCUGUGAAUGGUGGUUGUUUACUGUGGUGUGUGCUACUGUAAAUAUACCUCUAAUUUUUGCUGGUCUCUUUCAUGACCACCUUAAAAUUAUGUACAUUAUUGUACAUGGAAUAAAAAGUUUUCACGUUU